GUCAAGGUGACAGGCAAACUUCAAGCCUCCCAGGUUUCCCAAAGGGCGGGGACCUCGCCGCAUGCCAUGGCAUGCCGAGCACACUCUUCACCUUCGGCUGCGGCCCCUACGGCGAGCUGGGUCAUGCCAGGUCUGAGAAUCAUCCAUGCCCAGAACCCACGGCAGUGCAUUUCCCAAGCAGCGCCCCUCGGAAUGGCGAGCCGCUGGUCGAAGCCAUCGCAGUAGGAACGGACCAUUCCCUGGCGGUGGUCGGGGGCAAAGUCUACCGCUGGGGAUUGCAUGGCGCACAUGCGGUGCCGCGCUCUUGGCGUGGUCGGUGCGAAGAGAGGACGUCGUCCUCGGUGGUGCCUGCACCACUUCUGCUGGCCGAUCUGCGAGGUCGUAGCCCAUCACCAAGGGGAAGGCAGUCGCCACUGAGGCGAAGUCAAAGCCCACGAGGUCGAGGGUGCGCAGCUAUUGCCUGUGGGGGUUCCAAUUCUUUUUUGCUCAGCACAGAUGGUGAAGUCCUGAUGUUUGGAGGGUUGUGGCCCCCUGGGGGAGAAACAGAUCAGCUUCGGCACCUGUGGGGAACCGCCCGAGGUGGUCCUUCAUCAAAGGUGGCGCAGGUGGCAGCAGGAUGGAGACAUUGCUUGUUCCUCACAGAGGCCGGCCGUGUUUUCGCGCUGGGUGAUGACGAGUUUGGGCAGUGUGCAGGUAGUGGGAGUGGAGCAGCAGCUAUUCCCUUGCCAUCUGCACAGAUGGCAGUUGGGGUGGCCGCUGGUGCAUGCCACUCCUUUGCCUGGGACACUGAAGGCAGUGCCUUUUCCUGGGGUCACGGCGGCAAUGGGAGGUUGGGACUGGGCUCGUCCCAUCAUCGGAGCAGCCCUCACAAGGUGGAUGUGGCAAAGGUUUGUGGAGUAAGUUGUGGCGCUAACUUCAGUUUCUUUGUCACUGACUUGGGGCGCUUGUGGGCUUGUGGAGGAAACCACUAUGGGCAGCUGGGCAACAACGAGUCGACGAGCUCCGCAACGACCACGCCUGUGCCAGUCCACUUGGAUGAAGAGGUCGUUGGUAUCGCCUGUGGUGCCAACCAUGUGAUUUGCCUCACGAGAUUUUCAGAGCCGAAAGAUGGGAGACUUCGAAGGGAGCAGAGGAACACUGUUUGGGCCUGGGGCAGCGCCUCAUCAGGGCAAUGUGGCCGUACCGAAAGAACAGCCGAGCUCAAAGAAAGCCAGCUACGGCCUGAGAGGCUCUUGGAUUUCUCUCCGCCCUCGCCUCAUUUUGCUGUGGCCGUUGCAGCCGGCCGCAGCCACUCAGCCGUUUUGGCCUCCCGAGGUGAUGGUUCGAAGGUCCUCGAGAAUCGUUUGAGUCCCAGAAGUGAGCCUCGACUUCCGGUGUCGCCACCACCAGGUGAGGACAUCAUUGAAGAGUUUCUCAUCGGCUUGGUGGAGCCCAGUGGGGCCAAGUCCAUCUCUCUGGUAGAGCUCGGUGAAGCUGCUCUCGAAGCGGACCACCCCGAGCCCCUGGAUCGGCGUGCCCGUCAUGGAAGCGCGCGCCGAAGCGAGCGCCGGCUUCGCUCGCCACAGCGAAGACGCUUGGGCGGAACCCCCUUGCGCCAGCGGCGGCCCAACACCGCUAGGCAACCCUUGACGCCCAGGCUUCCAGGGCCUCCAGCGCCUCCAGGGCCUCAAAGUUGCAAGCCUCGGACCGAGCCGCUGACGUUGUCGGAGCCCGUGACGGUACGAACUCAACCACCUCGGACCGUGCGUGCCGUGUCUCCAGUCCCUCGGGCGGCGGCAACAGCCGCGACCGUGACAGGUUCCGCGACCGGGCGCCUUCUAGCAGAAGCUUUGGCGGUGCAAGCAACACCUGUGGAUGACAAGUGGAGUGGCAUCCAUGAGAGUUUGAAGGGGCUCAGUUCCUUCAUCGCCAGGAUCGGCUCGCCGGAACGUUCACUUCGAUCUUCCCUUCCUCAGGUCUCAAUGCCAGAACGCAUCUCAGUGUGGCAAGGUCCCACAAGCUUCGGCGAUGUGACUGAAAGGGUCUCUCAGUCAAAGGAGCCGCCUCCUGUGGAGAUGCCUCAUGUUGAAGCACCAAUGACACCUUUGCGGCCAAGCCCUCAGCGAUGCGAUGAGAGCUUAAGCGAUGCUUUCGACUUUUCGCCGCACUCAGAGGGGGAUGAACCAUACCAGCUUGUGGAGGAAGAGAGGCAGCAUGACCCAAGAAGAGAGCAGACGGGCCGUCACAAGGCCAAGGCUCACCCACAGGAGGAAUGGUGGAAGGAGCAGCAAAGGCAAGGACAAGAGCAGCGAUUGCAGAACCAAAAAAAUGCGAUCAGAGCAGAGGAUGCAAGAAAUGGAGCGGGAAAUGCAGCGCAGAGAUGAGGAGAGGCUUCGAGAGGAAGAGCAGCGACAAGAAGAGGAGAGAUUGGAGCAGCAGCGAAGGCACGAGGAGCGAAGAAGAGAAGAAGAGCAGCAAAGAGAAGAGGACUUGAGAAGAGAAGAAGAGCAAAGAAGGCAAGAGGAGCGAAGAAGAGAAGA